AUGCGCCCUCUAUUCUGGCUCGCGACUCUAGCAGUCGUCUGUGUUGCCGAGGAUGGUCUCAAUGGCUGGCUGAGAUACGCCAGGCUGGACGAUUGCCAUACCAAGGGCAAGCUAGAUUCCAUCCCCAAGACCAUCAUUACCCUCAAUGCGACAAAGGACACCCCCCUCGAGACGGCUGGCACUGAGCUACAAACGGGAAUCAGUGGUAUUCUGGGCCUAGAUUUAGAAAUCAAUCCUGGAACCUCCGAAAAGAGCACUAAAUUUGUCAUCUCGACCGCAGAUGCGUACAAGGAAGAGAACGGUGAUCUUCCUGAGGGUGUUGAUCUGAUUGAUGAUGGCUUUUAUCUGAACACGAAGGACGCGGACGUCCUCAUCAUUGGCUCGAAUCAGCGUGGUGCUUUAUACGGUGUUUUCGAGUAUCUCUCGCGGCUGGCCCAGGCGGAUUUCUCCAAAGAUGUCUAUGUGACCAACCCAGAAGUGCCCGUCCGUUGGGCCAACCAGUGGGAUAAUCUUUGGGCUAACGGCACACAUGGCAGUAUCGAGCGUGGUUAUGGCGGCGUUUCCAUCUUCUACGAUGGUUUUGGGCAUGUCAGAGAAGAUUUGUCCCGAGUGCCACUUCUCGGUAGACUCCUGUCGUCUGUUCGUAUCAAUGCUAUCGUCAUCAACAACGUCAAUGCCGAUGCUUCUCUUUUCCAGGGUACAAACCUUGACGGCCUUCAGAGAAUCGCAGAUCUCUUCCGACCCUGGGGAGUGCAGAUUGGUCUCUCUCAAUACUUUGCAUCACCACAAACGAUUGGCGGCCUCGACACUUUUGAUCCUCUAGAUGAGGGGGUCAUCACGUUCUGGACCGACCUCACAAACGAGUUCUAUCGCCGCGUCCCAGAUUUGGCAGGGUUUGUCGUCAAGGCCAACUCCGAGGGCCAGCCCGGACCCAUCACAUACAAUCGCACGCUGGCCGAGGGAGCCAACCUAUUUGCCAAGGCUCUCAAGCCGCAUGGAGGCCUGCUCAUGUUCCGAGCUUUUGUGUACAAUCACCUGGCUGACUGGGAAGACUGGCACGCUGAUCGCGCCAACGCCCAGGUCGAGUUUUUCGGUGAGCUUGAUGGCAAGUUCGACGAUAACGUCGUGGUUCAAAUUAAAUACGGCCCCAUCGACUUCCAGGUCCGUGAACCCGUGUCGCCUCUCUUUGGACAUCUUCGCAAUACGGAUGUGGCGAUCGAGCUGCAAGUCACCCAGGAGUAUCUCGGCCAGCAAUGCCAUCUGUUCUAUCUACCACCCCUUUGGCGCUCCAUCUUCGACUUUGAUAUGAGAGUCGACGGCAAGCAGUCUUACGUUCGCGAUAUCAUCAGUGGCAAGGUAUUCAACCGGAAGCGCGGCGGUUACACGGCAGUGACCAAUGUCGGCAUGAACGCCACUUGGUUGGGCAGCCAUCUAGCCAUGUCAAACCUGUAUGCCUUUGGCCGUCUAGCUUGGGAGCCGACGCUUGACUCGGUUGAGAUCCUGGAGGACUGGACUCGCCUUACCUUUGGACUGAGCCGAGGAAUUCGCGAUGCGGUGACGGAGAUGUCGAUGCUGUCGUGGCCUGCGUACGAGAAUUACACUGGCAAUCUCGGUAUCCAGACUCUGACAGACAUUCUCUACACUCAUUAUGGACCCAAACCCGCCAGUCAAGAUAACAAUGGCUGGGGUCAAUGGACCAGGGCGAACCACGAGAGCAUCGGCAUGGACCGCACAUGCUGGAACGGAACAUGCAAUGCUGGCCAGUACCCUGAUGAGGUAUCGCAACGCUUUGAAAACACAGACACGACUCCAGAUGACCUGAUGCUCUGGUUCCACCACGUUCCUUACUCCUUCAAGCUACACUCUGGCAAGUCGGUCAUCCAGCACUUCUACGACGCGCAUUACGAGGGCGCCGAAACAGCAGCCACAUUCCCCGACACCUGGGAGAAGGUCCGAGGAAAGCUGGACGACGAGCGCUUCGAGCACGUGCUCCACCGCCUCAAGUACCAGGCCGGCCACUCCAUCGUCUGGCGCGACGCCAUCAACGAGUUCUACCGCAACCUGUCCGGGAUACCCGACGAGGCAGGCCGCGUGAGGAACCACCCGUGGCGCAUCGAGGCCGAGAACAUGACCCUCGAGGGCUACUACCCCGUGGCAGUCCAGCCCACCGAGUCGGCAUCCGGGUACACGGCCGUCAUCACCAACUCGACAGGCACCGCGACGGCGACGCUCGACUUCGACGACGGGACGUACAACGUGGCGGUAAACUACUUUGACAUUACUGGCGGAAACGCGACGUACGAGAUCAGCCUGAACGGAAAGGCGCUCGGCGCGUGGGCGGGCGAUGCCGAGUACAAGCUUGGCAAGUUCCCGUCUCAGUAUCUUGACGGCCACUCUGCCAUCCGGGUCACCUUUUGGGGCGUUGAGAUUGCGCGAGGCGACGAGCUGAGCGUGAGGGGUGUGGCGAAUGGGGCCGAGCAGGCUCCUCUUGAUUAUAUCUCCGUGCUGCCUCUUGGUACUGUUGAUUAA